CGGUAUCACCUCCAUCUCAUUUACCUCCUGCGUCUCCUUCCCAUUCCAAUCUCUUUAUAAUUCCCCCUGUUUCCCUAUCUCGCUAAUAAUCCUCUUCCUUCUUCUUCACAUGGCGGGAUCUUUGUCGCUUCUCCGGCGUCUCUACCUCUCCAUCUACAAUUGGACUGUCUUCUUCGGAUGGUGUCAGGUUUUGUACUUUGCUGUGAAGACGUUGACGGAAUCCGGCCACGAACACGUCUACAAUGCCGUUGAAAAGCCUCUCCUGCUCGCUCAGACGGCUGCCGUUUUAGAGAUUCUUCAUGGUUUGAUAGGUUUGGUGAGAUCUCCAAUAUCGGCAACACUGCCACAGAUUGGAUCAAGAUUGUAUGUAACUUGGGGCAUCUUAUGGAGUUUUCCUGAGAUUCAGAAGCAUGUACUGGUUAGCUCCCUAGUAAUCAGUUGGUCAAUUACAGAGAUUAUUCGUUAUUCUUUCUUUGGCACAAAGGAGGCCUUCGGUUCUGCUCCUUCCUGGCUCUUGUGGCUCAGGUAUAGCACCUUUCUGCUGCUGUAUCCGAGUGGUAUAACCAGUGAGGUUGGUCUAAUAUAUAAUGCCCUGCCGUACAUCAAGGGAUCUGAAAAGUAUUGCCUAAGAAUGCCAAACGAGUGGAAUUUCUCUUUCGACUACUUCUAUGCCGCAAUUAUCGCCCUUGGAAUCUAUGUCCCAGGUAGUCCUCACAUGUACACAUAUAUGUUGGGGCAGAGGAAGAAGGCUCUUGCCAAAUCAAAACGGGAAUAGAAUUAUACAACCAUCUUCCAUGUACUGUACGUUAUUCUAAUUAUCUGAACAUUUUUAUGUGUAUCAUGUCAUUCUGUUGUAAAUGUUAGUGUUUCACGUUGAGUCCCUACCAAAUAUGGAAUGUCUCAAAUGUCUGCAUCUGCGUUCUCUUGUCCAGGGCCUGAAAACUUCACCUGCUCAACCAACUCCUCAAGUUAGAUCCCAAGUAGUUCAAGGAAAUAUUCUAUAUUGAAAUGGUUAUGAGUGGUGUUAUAGAAAUAAAUUUUUUAUAUUAAUUUUUUUAUACAACAUUUAUAUGUUAAUAAAUGAGUGGAUGUAUU